GGAUCAGUGGAUCUGAAUUCGAUUUGGAGGAUUAUAAAAGUAUUUCUUUUACCUGGAUUAUUGACUCAUUACAACUGGAUUGUACUUCGUCAAGUAAUAAGCAAUCGGAGGGAUAGUGACCAACAGGGGGAAAGAUGAAAACUCCCAGGCAAAUCAAAGCAAUAACUUCACAACUAGAAGUUUUAGAUGAAUUGAAAGAACACUUGGAAUGCCUUAUUGCAGACGUCAACACAGCUACUUCUAGAGGAACAUCAUGGAUUGAUGAUUCAGACAGUCACAGUUUUGAAGAGAUGAAUCAAUACCUAACCAAUGAAACAUCUAGAUGUUUACGGCGAUGUCGUAAUCCAAUGAACUUCGACCUGCAUUCUAAUUCAGCUGAACAUUCUGAUGAAGCGAAAAUCACAGUUCUGAACACAAAUAACUGCAGCUCUAGAGAUGACAAUAGUGACGAUAGUUAUGAAAUACUAUUUAAUAAACUUGAUUCAAAACAUUCAAAAGAAAUUGAAGAUUUGAAGCUAAAGUCACUGGAGCAAGACAAACUAAUUAAGUCAACCUUGAAGCAAUUAAAAGAAAAAGAUUCCAAAGUUAAAUAUGAAUUACAAGAAGCCAGUAAAUUCAUGUCAAGCCUGCAAAGUCAGUUAUCUGAACUAGUAGUCAAGAACAAUGAACAGAUCAAUGAAGUGUUUAGUAUAACUGAGACCUUACGAGAUCUACCACAGGAAGUGGCUGAUCAGAAAGAACGCUUGGAUUCUUUUUUAAGAGCCGAAGAUGCUGAAGAUAAAUUUGACGAGGUUAUGAAACAGCAAAGAGACACCCAACGCAAGAUGAACAGGAAAUAUGCUUGUUUAUCAAAGUUAGUUAAAGACAGCGAAACGGAGCUAACACAUUUACAAACAUUUAUUUCUAGUGACACAAUGACAGACAUAAAGCAAAGACUGACAGACCAAGAAACAUAUUUAAAACGCAUGGAAAGGAAGUACAAAGAAAUUGAUGAAAAAAACAGAAACAGAUACGAGGACAUGGACGCUCAAAUUCAAGCUAAUAAUGAACUAGCGUCUAGCUUACACGGUCAUUUCAAAUCUUUGCAGUCCAAAGUAAGCAAAGAGAUUAGCGACACUAAACUAUUAAUAGAUUCGUUGGAAACUAGAAACUCGGAAAUAACAGAACAGCUUUCCAACUAUAAAUCUCACAACCAAGAGUUGAAUGAAGUCAAAACUAAAAUGAUCUCUCUUGAAAGCGAGAAUUUGAAGUUAUCGAAAGACGUUGCUGCGCUAUUGAAGAGGAGUCUGCGUGAUGCCUGGCCAGCCUGUAGAAUGCAGAUUGACAAUUCUGACAAGCUGUCUUUCAAGAAAGGAACCAUACUGACGUGUUUCAACUCAUGUCUUCUGAACAUAGGGAACUGUUACAACAGAAACACAGGAAUAUUUAAAGCCCCGUGUAAAGGAUUAUAUCUGUGUAGUCUAAUGCUGGAAAGUGACAACAGAAUGGCGACACAGUUUAUCAUUUAUGAACGCAAGGGAGGCAAUGAGGCAGUCAAGGGCUCAACUCAUACCAACAGCCAUCAAUCUAUAGCCUGUAUUGUUACGGUACUAGAGUUGAAUCAGGCGGAUGAAGUGUAUAUCAAAUCACUGAAUGAUAUUGAAAGGAUCAAAUUUAACAGGUUUUCCUAUUUUUUAUGUGUUUUGUUACAGCAGAUGUAAUUUGACCUGCUUCUUUGGGGAAGUAUUCAUUUAGUGUACUGACAAUCGGCCUAGUUUGAAGAUUGCCAUCAAGAAAAUAUCGAUUUUUGCAAAGUUGUUUUUUUUUUAUAAAGCUUAUACUUCAGUGAUUAAUCUGCAAGAUUGGACAUGCUAAUUGCAAACAUUUUGCUCUAUUUAUUCAAUUACUGCAUAGGAUUCUAGAUAAUCAGCAGAUCAAAGAAAAAAAAACCAACUUUGGCAUAAAUCUUCUUCUUUUCUCAUACAUAUAGGCUACUUAGUUUAUUACAACCAUCGUCCCAUGUUGUUUAAUUAGAGAUUAUGUUUUAAAUGAGUUUGUAUCUAGUGGAAUGUAUGAUCACGACCGAUGAUUAAGGGUUGGACCGUUGUUUUAAUUCAAAUGAUGUUAAUGUUUUAUUCACCUGUUGUUAUGUCUCAUCUGUAGUGCUGUUUAGUUUGCAUAUUUGUUUCACCUGCUGUUUCAAUCGAACUACUGUCUUGUUUCACCUGUUGCUUUAACUUCACCUGUUGUUUUGUUUCACCUUUUGCUUUAGUUUCCCCUUCUUAUUGAUUCCUCUAUUCCUUUCAGUAUUUGGCCUCUUCCACGUACAUGUUAAUUAGUAACUAGGUUAUGGUUUUUCUUAGCUUGCAUGCUGUAAUAGCAUUAUGACAGAAGAUAAGAUUAACAUUGUUUUUAGAUCCCUUAUUAUCUUUCGCGCACUAAGGACUAUAAUCAUUCGAUGCUUUGUAUGCCUCUAUUGUUUGUGUGUGUCAAUGCAUUAUAGCUGUUACAAAUUGUAUUCAUAUCAUGUAGUUUAUUUUUAUCAAUUUUAAAAAGUAUGUGAAGUUUUAUUUUUUAUAAAAUCCUUGGAACAGUUUCUUAAAAUUAGAAUAAA